UUGGGUUAUUUCUAUCUAAUUUCAGUUACACCUGGUCUUUGUCAAACACCAGUGAUUGGCGGCAACUGUCGCCUCGGCACUUCUGAUGUUCAAAUCGGCGGCAAACAAACACAAUUCUUCUUGAAAUGUGAAGCUACAACAGACAGCUCACCUGGUGAAGGUGUGUGGGUGGUAAAGUCUCGUGCAGCAGCCGCUGCACCAUCAGGCAGCAGCGGUAGUUCAUCUGCAGGUGCUGCUUUACCAGUGGAAAAUACACAACCACAGCAGCAUCCAAAACUUAUGCGAAAACUCAAUGCACCGAAUAUUUGCGCGUCAGCAGAGGAGUGGCAGCUGUCGCUCAAUGUUGUGACAGUAGCCGCCUCUUAUCCGCUACAGUCAGUGAUAAUCGAAGUUCAAACAUGGCGUAGUGGACGUGAGCGCAAACAGCGCAAGACUGCUGCGCCUGGUCGCGCGCUGUUGGACCGCGAGCCGUAA